AAGAUCUGGAAAAGAAAGCAAUAACAUCCGCACCAGAGCAUUGCUGAGCAGCCCUUUGGAAACGCUACAUCUUGGAAAGAGCAAAAAACAGACAAACACAGGAGAUCAUAGACCACCUGAAUACCAUGGAUGACACUGGACAAAUUCAGUUCACACAUGAAGAGGAAAAGACAAUUCAAUCAACUAUCUGGACAUAAACAUCGCUCAUACAACAAAUAAUGAAAUAAAGAUAAAAAUAAACAGGAAACUUACACAUAGACCAAUAUUUGUUAUGGACAUCAGAACACCCCACAACACAUAAAAUAUCAGUAAUAAGAACCUUAUAUGACCACGCACAACUUAUAACGGUUGAGGAAGACAAAACGGAAGAGAAAAAACACAAACAAAACACAUUGAUCGGGUGUCAUUAUCCACACUGGGCAAUAAAAAUAUGACAAAGACAGGUGGAGCAGAGAAGACGCAAUGAAACGGAGAAAAAGGAAAAACAGACAAAUAAAAAUGAGAACAAAGGAAUGGUCAUAUUACCAGACAUCAGAGGAAUAACGGAACGCAUCCAAAGAGCCAUAAGAAAUACCUCAUCACCACCUCGGUCAAACCUGGUACACCCUAAAGAGAAGAUGGAGCAAAACAACAAAUGCAACGUCAUCUACCAAAUACCAUGUCAUUCCUGCAACAAAACAUAUGUCUGAGAACCAGGAGGAAAAUUCAUCACAAAAAAAACAGAACACUGGAAGGAAUGUGAAAAGGAAACGGAGAAAAGACUAACAAGAGCAGCACGCCAACAGGCAUCUCAGGAAAGUAUGAAAUCAGCAAUAACAGACCACUGCAAGCAAGAAAAGGACAUCAUGGACUGAGAAAAGACGGCAGUCCUCCGUACUGAAGAGGACAGACAUCACAGAGGGAUCAUGGAGGCAGUGGAGAUCAGACAGAGAGCCCAGACCGCCAUGAACAGAGAUGAGGGGGUCUUCCUGCUCUCCCACUGGAGAAACAUCCUCCAGCAGCAAGCCGGACAGCGGGGGGCGGAGUCACCUGUCAGACUUUGACAGGUGACUCCGCCCCAGUGACAAUCAGCUGUUUGUCCACAUCACACUCCACCACCUGGUGACAACUCUGAUGAAGACGGGACGUCUCUGUAGAAACGUCAGGUAUGACUUAUGUCUGAUAACAAAAUAAUCAAUAAAGUUCUGAAUACUGUGACCUGAACUUGGGGAGUUACGUACUUAAUUAAAAAAAGGAGAAAUAACUGAAGUCAUGUUUGAUAUUCUAGUGUCUUCAACACAUCCCCCCUUUAUUCUGAUUACUACUCUACACACUCUUCUCAUUCUAUUGAUGAACUUCCAGAGCUCACCCCAAAUCAUCUCAGUGGGGUUCAGGUCCAGCUAACUGUGGAGGCCCGGUCAUCUGCUGCAGAACUCCAUCACUCCUUCUUAGUCAAAGAGCCCUCGCAGCCUUCAAUGGACCAGCUAUCAGAUGAGGAGGUGGGAGUUAGGGGGGAGGAGGAUGAAGAAGUUAGAGGGGAGGAGGACGAGGAGGAGGAAGACAGCGAUGAGGAAGACAAGGAUCUGGAUAAGAUGUUUGGAGCCUGGCUGGGAGAGCUGGACAGACUUACACAGAGCCUUGAUAAUGGACGCUCAGAGCCCCCCCCUCAGCACAGGGCCCCCCUACAUCAAGAGACAAACAUGGCCAACUUCUCCUAUAGAUUCUCAAUUUACAACAUCACUGAGGCUCUGAAUCAAGGAGAGAAAGUGGACCUGGACGCCCUCAUGGCAGACCUCUCUUCCAUCGAACAGGAACUCGGCACCAGUGGCCCCAAACCCAGUGGGGGCAGCAUGGCCUUGCUGGGUCUGUCUGACACCAAGGUCAAACAGAAGCCUCCAGCUGGGCACAGCAGCAGGCAGCAGCCAGUGGGGGGAGGUGGAUGGGGCAGCAGGGGGGCAAUCGGCAGCAGAGUGUCUCCAGCUGGCACUGCCAGAGAGGCCAGCAGACAGGGGAGGCCCCCGCUGGCGUCCAACUUCAGCCUGGACGAUAUCACGGCCCAACUGGAGAAGGCCUCCCUCAGCAUGGAUGAAGCUGCCUGUGAGACCUCCUCCAACCCCCUUAGCUCCUCCUCCUCCUGCUCCUCAUCCACCUCAUCCACCUCAUUGCGGGCUGGAUCGUCCCAGCGGCAGCACCGACGCACUGGCUCAGUGGGCACGGUCAGCGAGGGCGAGGUUCGUUCCUUCAUCCACUCCUCACGCUCCUCCAUCACUUCUGCGUCCGGCGGCUCUGUUAACUCCGCCUCCUCCAUGGACUCCUUGGACAGUGUCCUGCACGCCGAGUCGGGGCGCCAGCAGCCUUCAGCCCCCGUUUUAGUUGACGGUGGUGGUCAGCCUCGUUCAAACACAGAGCACUCCUAUCUGGACAAAGAAACAUCUCUGAUUCUGAGAAACAUUGCAGGAAAACCCUCGCACCUGCUGACCAAGGAAGAGCAGGCUGCAAAACUGAAAGCAGAGAACAUCCGAGUGGCCUUAGAGAAGAUCAAGGAGGCCCAAGUGAAGAAGCUUGUGAUUCGUGUUCAUCUGUCAGAUGAGAGCUCUAAGACCAUGAUGGUGGAUGAGCGCCAGACAGUCAGACAGGUUCUGGACAGUUUGCUGGACAAAUCUCACUGUGGUUAUAGUCCAGACUGGUCUUUGGUUGAAGCCAUUACAGAGCUGCAGAUGGAGCGAAUCUUUGAGGAUCAUGAAAACUUGGUGGAGAACCUGCUGAACUGGACCAGAGACAGCCAGAACCGCAUCAUGUUCACAGAGCGAAUUGAGAAAUACGCUCUGUUCAAAAACCCACAGAAUUAUUUGCUUGGGAGAAAGGAGACUUGUGAGAUGCCUGAGAGGAAUAAAGAGGCUUUGUUAGAGGAGUGUUUCGGGGGAACCUCUGUGUCUGUCCCUGAGAUGGAAGGGGUCUUAUGGCUAAAAGAAGAUGGCAAGAAGUCAUGGAAAAAACGCUACUUCUUACUCAGAGCAUCUGGCAUCUAUUAUGUCCCGAAAGGCAAGGCCAAGACGUCCAGAGACCUGGCUUGUUUUCUACAGCUGGAUCAUGUGAAUGUGUACCUAGGACAGGAAUAUAAAAGCAAAUACAAGGCUCCUACGGAUUACUGCAUGGUUCUGAAGCACCCUCAGAUCCAGAAGAAGUCUCAAUAUAUAAAGUACCUGUGCUGUGAUGACAUCCGAACCUUGCAGCAGUGGAUCAACAGUAUUCGCAUCGCAAAGUAUGGGAAGCAGCUGUACAUCAACUUCCAGGAAGCAUCGAGGAAAUCCGAGGCAGCCUAUGAUUGGACCUCUCUCUCCUCUUCCUCCAUCAAAUCAGGAUCCAGUUCUUCCAGUCUUCCUGAUUCUCAGUCCAACUCCAGCCAAUCAGACAGCGGCGUGUCGGAGAUGAUAUCCUCUGGACAUGGCCGCACCCAGAGCGUGGUCAGCUCCGUCUUCUCUGAUGCCUGGAGGAGAGGAACACAAGGAGAGAUGAAGAUCGACACCAUCAGCAGGCCGAUCCCUGUGCAGAUUCCCACUCCUUUCCCCCAGCCUUCAACUUCACCUUCACGAAGCAGCCUCACCGACAGUCUUGUGCGGUCUGAGGACUCCUGCCCCCCCUCACCUCCUCUGCCCCCUCCCCCCACUGCAGACCUGUCCCAUCAAUCAGGCCCUGCCCCCCCCUAUGUGAAGUACAGCACACUGGCUCGCCUGCAGACCCAGAAUCAGUCCAUGAUGCCAUCCGGGGGCUUUGCCGCCUCUGCGCCUGUCCCCACGCAGCCCGCCAAACCCAGCUACAACACUCUGCCUGCUGCUUACUGCACCUCCUCUCCGUCUCCUCCUCCUCCUCUCCCUCCACCCACCAUGCCGGCUCCAGGCUCAGCUAUGGCCGCCCUAAAGUUUGGUCCACCGAGCCCCUCUGCUGUCCCUCCAGCAACACCCAAGGAGGAGGAGGAGGAGGUACCCGAAUUGUUCUACCUCCCACCUCCACCAGAAAGCAUUGAGGAUAACAGGCUGCCCCCUCCCACCUCAGCAGAACCUCCGCCUAACUCCUGUCCACAGCUCUCCAACUCUGGCCUGCAGCAGUUUCUGUCUCAGAAGUUUCCUAACAUGGUAUACGACUUCAACCCCGCAGCUUCUGAGCACUCUACUUCCCCAGCAGCAGAAUUCUCUCCUCCUACGUCUCUGCCAGUUCUACAACCAAUGUCCCCCAGUGCACCUCCCCCUGCCCCUCCUAAAACCUUCACCUGUGCAUUUCCCAAACCGUCCGGGCCCUCCUCUCUGCCCAUUGCUCUCUCCCCGGUGUCUCCAACCUUCUCACAAAUGGGCCACGGGCCGGUUAAGAAGCAGCAGAGUUUCUCCACGGGUCACUCCCCAAAUCAGCCGCCUCCCACCCUGCCCAAGCAGCACAGCCUCUCCUCCAAAAACUUGGCUGUCUCUCCGCCGUCAUCCUCCCUGCCUAUUUCAAUCUCAGCAGCCACCUCCUCUUUGGUGAAGCAGAUUGUCAAUCAGUUCCCGGGAAACUCUUCCUCUGUACCUUCCUCCAGCAGCUCCACCCCCCAAAGCCCCCCAGCAGUUAAGGCAAAGCCAAAGUGGCAGCCAGGGGGUGUUGUGGCUCCACAAUCCCCUGAGUUCCCGCCGCCGCCGCCUGACAGCUCGCUGACGGAAUUCUCUCCUCCCUCCUCCUCUAAGACAGCUUCUCCCAUCAAGAAGUCCCCUUCCACCUCCUCGAUGGGUUCCACCAAGCGGGGGCCUCCUCCAGCACCACAGAGAGCCUCCUCCAUCAGAGAUGCUCCGGAUGAGAGACCCAAGAAGGUGGAGAGUCUGGUCAACAUGUUUGGACAAGCCCCUCCCACAGGGACUUUGUCAAGCUCUUCCUCAACCACCUGCUCUCCCUCCAAAGACUCCCUCCCCGCCCCGCUCCCCAAACCUGGGAAGCUCAACUUAUCCAACCUGCCUCUGGCACUGCAGGGGCUUCAGACGGGCCAACAGCACCAGCCCGCCGACUUCUCAACCCCUCCGCCCCCGCCUCCACCCUCGCACCUCCCACAUGUGGACUCCUCUCCUGACUACUUCCCCCCUCCUCCUCCAGAUUCUGAGCUUUUCCCUCCUCCACCCAAUCCGUCAGAGUUCCACCACCCUCUAAAGGUGGCUGUGGUGAACCCCCAACCUCAGGCGCAGCAGACCCCGCAGUCUGCAAAUGUGCUUUCUUCUUCAUCAUCAUCAUGGAAACAAGGCUCACUGAAAAAGGGCUCUGUUCCUCCCCCCACACUAAAUCGGCGUGCCAGCAACCCAGCUCACAAAGACCUCUCCACCUCACUGCCUCUCGCCCCUCCAGCUAUGUCUCAGACUCCACCCCCCUCACUGUCUUCCUACUCCUCCUCAACCCCAGUACCACCAACUUCGCCAAAAUCUGCCGGGUCUGGGUCUCUUGCUUUCAAACCUCACUUCCUAGAAGACCUGAACCGCACGCUGAAGAGGAAAUCAGUGUCUCGCCAUGGCUCUCUGACCUCCUCCCACCUGAUCUCCUCCUCUAAGAUGGAGCCUGUGGGCACCAUGGACGACAUGGCCCUGCUCCCGCCUCCCCCCCCUGAGCUCCUGCAUCAGCAGCAGGCGCUCCGAGAACACUCCCACACUCUGUCCCGCCACCAGACGCGCUCCCACUCCACCAAACACGCCAACAUCUCAGGCUAUGCAACACUGCGUCGAGGCCCACCCCCUGCCCCUCCAAAACGGGACCAAAGCACCAAACUGACCAGUGAGUGGUAGAGGUUGAGGACAGUGGCAUGAGCAGGCUGGCCUAAUUGGGUUUCUUUGUUUUGUCCUGGUUCAUUAUCCUCAGAUACCCACCCUGAUCCCAAGCAAGUAGCAAACUGUGUAUCCUUAAUCCAGGUGGACUGUUAAUGUUAGCCUCAUUACUCCCACCAUACAAGUUUAAUCGGACAUGAAGGUUUAUAUAUAUAUAUAUAUAUAUAUAUAAAAUCCUCUUCAAGCUUUUUUCACUUCUGUGCAGCUUUGCAUUGAAACAAAGACAACAGCAGCAGAAACAUUGGCUGCAGAAGAACAGGUACUGCACUCAACAAUGAAGGACCACAGACCCUUUUCACGGCCACGUCAGACUAAACAGCAAUAUCGCCGCCACUGUGUGAAGUGACUUCCAGUUUACGGGUAUAGACUAGUAAACCUGACAGGUGAACGCCGUUUAACACAAUUCUGUCAAUAAUAGAAGGUAAACCUAGCAAUCGUAACGGAAAAUGUCUACAAUAUUUAUUUCAUAAAUGUCCUACCUAACUGUAUUUGUUUUCCACUCCCAGAUUGUUCACAAUUAAAAAAACAAAUUUAUCACGUCCUCCUAUGUUGGAGGUUCUAUUGAAACUAUCCACCUUUCAUUUGAGCAGAUACUGUUCUAACGGUUUGUAUUUAAAUGCAACAAAGCAUGAAAACUGAUGGACAUUCAGGCACAUGUAAUACAUGUGGCUAAGAUGCACAUUGUUGAAUGUUCGCAUGCAUUACAUCCCAGGCUAAAUGUAGUUGUUUUUGGGGUUAUUUUGAAGGGGUAAUUGUACAAACUAGGAUGUUUACCGGGGGGCACAGCGAAUAUUUUAACUGCGACUAUUACGCCACAUAUUUUUAGCUUUCAAAAUAAGGGCGGUCAAGAAAAAAGUUCAUCACUGGCCACACUUAUUUUAAGAAAUUACGUGUGGAUAGUUAUUUCCUUCAAAUUUUUAAAUGGUUUCCAAUUAAUUUGAUAUUUUUUACUCUUAUUUUCCCGCAGAUCAGACACAGUUAUGAGCCAAAGCAAAGGGGUCAACGUUAGAAAACAAUGCAGCAGUAACGCGUGUUACUUUAAUACAAGACACACCUAACUUGUCUUACUUGUUUCCAGUGAUUUUGUGAACAGCAGGACUGCAGUGAGACUUGGUGCAGGGGGAAAAAAAUCAUUAUAAGUGGCAAGAUGAGUCAAGUGUAGUUUUCUGCAAGUGUCGAAGCGAAUAUUUCCAUAUGGUUUACCUUUGGGUGGCGAGCUCCGCUGGGCAGCCCACAUCAAAAUGUUCGCUGGGGUAAUCGUGAAAUAAAGCAGCAUGAGGUAAAAAUUUGACAUUCUUCCCCAGUCCAAUAUGCAUCUGGUAUGUGUAUAGAAAGAGGCUGAUAUAAACUAUGAAACACAAUUAAUAGCUAGGGACUUAAUAUCCAGACUUUACUCUGGUUCUCCUCCAUCUCCCUGUUACCACAAUUACAAAUCCAGUAAACUGGGUUUUUGUCAAAGAGAAAUCAUUUUAGAUUUUUGAAGACGGGAUGCUUGAGGCAAUUUACCUAAUACGGUUGCAACAUGUUGAUAAAUGAUGCAGUUAUUAAAAGCACACAUGAUCUGUGUAAAUAAUUACUCUGUUGUUGAAAAAGGUUUAAAACAUUCAGUUGGACCUUGACUUGGGACUCAACUUGGACUUGCUCUCUUUUGAUUCAGGACUUCAGGACUUGACAUUACUUUUGACUUGCAGUGCAAUGAUUUUUUCCCACCUCUGCUGGGUUGUAAGAAAGACUCGUUUAGUAUCGUCCAUCUGCAUUUGAGGAAGCAGCUGUGCAGGAUUCUGCAGGCAGGAUUACUGACAUUUUAAUGUUUAUUUCUGAACUAUCUAAGUUUGGAAAAUGAAAGCAGUUGGGUUGGACAUUUAUGAAAUAAAUGUUGUAAAAAUGUCUACAUACCAUAAAAAUUGGUAAGGUUACCUUGUAAUAUUUGGUUAAAAUGGUGUUAAACAGCGUUCAGGUGGGGUGUGUAUUGGCGAGAGCCUGGCGAUACGAUAUGUAUCACAAUACACGUGUCACGUUAUGAUACAUGUUUGAUGAUAUAAUGCUUAUCACGAUAUAUAUUCCAUUCAGUCCCAGAGACAAUAUUUCACUAUUUUUUUAAAUUAUCACUUAGAAAAAACUUUAUCUGAAUGUCAAUACACUUUUUGCGUAAAUAAAAAUGUAAGAUACCUUUUAUGUAAUGAUCAGAACAUUAAGCAGUGCGACUGUAUCUCAUAUACAACUUGAUUUUAACCAGACAACUUCAUGCUGCUUUUUUUUUUUUUGGUAAUUUAAUCAUUUUUGUUUUCUUUUUUGGUCUGAUUUGCACUUGCACUUCUUCAGUGAUUUGACUAAAGCUCUACGCAGAGAUACUCUGCGUCUGGGGCAUCUUCUUUCAUUUGUCCCUACAUGAGCCACAAAUCCACAUUUUUAUAUGGUUCCAGUACCAACUUGGCACAGCUUUUCGAUUCAGUACUCAUCCUUAGUUAAAACAGAGUUGUACAUGUCUCAUUUGUCUAUGUAACGACAACCACCUUCUCAUGAGUUCACACCGAGAUCUUGAUGUUAUGGUGUGGUGUAGAGCUCCUCAAAGAGGCUCGGUGUGCUGUGCUGCCACUAGAUGUCAGGCUUUAAAGGGCCCAUACCAUGCAUAAGUAACUUUUUGAGGGUUUGUGUAUUAUGACAUUCAUUUGUCACCAUACACAACCCCUAAUCGGUAUUUUGGUCCACUUAUACGUUUCUGAACAAUCCUAUAAGAAGCUGUGCUCUGAGCACCAGACUCUCCCAACACACAAACAGGAGCAGGUCCUCAGGAAGUGACUAGACCAGUGAGAACAGCCCCUUCCAGGAAGAGUCUACGCUGCCAGCCCUGCCCCCAGGCUAACACAGAUGCACACUCUCAGCAGAGCUAACAAAUACACAGUACUGUAUAUCUUCCAGUCGUGUCCCGUCUGUAAUAGCAGCCCCGUCUAACAGGUAUUUGUUCCUGUUAGACGCCGGUCUCUAAUAGUGGCCGGGUUCCUUUAAGACCGUCUUACUUCUGGACCCAAUAAGAUAGCACAAUAUAGGCCCUUUAAGUGGGAAACUUGCUUAUGAUUAAUUAAAUAUCCCCUUGGCAGCAUUUUAAAUUCAAGGAUCGCUUAAUAAAGUAUCACGAUAUUUCUCUGAAUCCAUAUUUUCUUACUCCCCCAGCGUUCAGUUGUUAGCUUUGCUGGUCUAUAUCCGUAAACCGGAAGAAACCUUACACAGUAGUGGCGAUGUAACCAUUUUGUCUGACGUCCAGUAAAAAGGGUCUAUUGCUGGAAAACAGUGUUGGUGGGAGUAAAGAACAAUGCUUUGUAUAGAAAUGAAUAUGGGGGGUUGGGGCAGUAAUGGAAAAUUGAACUUUUGUUUGUUUUAAUAUAAAGUUAUUUAAUAUUGAAAAA